UUUCUCUCACUUUUUUGUCUUAUCUAUUUAGCCGUCUUCCUCUUGGCAUUGAGACUCAUAAUGCCUUACUCUUACCUCUAUCACUAUGCACAAUCCAUGUUGAACAAGUACUGCUUUGGUAAGAAAACUGUUCACUCCUUUUUAGGGUUACAAAACAAGCCUUCUCACCCUCAUUCCAAAUGUGGUUUAGGGUUGAUUUUUAGCACUGAAAACAAUCCCAAUAUUUUCGAGUCCUCCUCAUUACCAUUGCUCAAUACUAACCCUAUGUCUUCAUCGUCAAAGAAAGACCCUGGUGUAAUAAGAUUUAUGGAUGAUAUGGACUUAUGCACUGAGAGUUUAGGGUUUGAGAGUUGUAACGAAAGACAGAUCGAUGAUGAUGAUGGUCGUGGUGGUGAAUAUAAUGGGUUUUGUGAAGAGGAGAUUAGGGGUAGAUGGAGGGAUAAGAAGAGGGUUGAAGAGAAGAGAUUGGAGGAUAAAAGGAAUAAGAAGUUUCCACCACCACUUUCUUCAUUGAACCAAAACGGUAAGCCUUGUUUUUACCUAAAGCCUGUAAGGGCAAAUGGGAGGUUGGAGUUAACCGAGGUUAAGAUACAUAGACCAGAGAUUUUAUGUGCUGUUAGGGAAAAUGGACGAUUGAGAUUGCAUCUUGUUAGUAGCGAUGCUUGCUGUAAAUUCAAUGAGGAAGAGGAAGAUGAAGAGAGAGAACAUGAAGGACAAGUACAUGACUUGCAUGAAGAAGAAAAAGCAGGGGGGAUAAAAGUUGAAGAAUUGUGGACUAUUAGAGUGGAAGGUGGAGGUCCCAGUAGAUUUCAUGAGAUGGUAGAUUAUCAUCGACAUCAUGGAAUCAAUGGACAUCAUAGCAUGCAUGUGUGGAGGCAGCCAAGUGUGUCAAUAAGGUGAAUACUAAUAAAUUAGCAAAUGUAGGACGGUGAAAAUAAAGGAAAAAAAGACGAGCUCGACUAAUGGUCUGUGUUUUGUUUUGGGAGAAGAUGGAUGUCUUCGUCUGAGACAUGAUAAGUAUGAUGUGUAUAUGCUAAUUUUGGAGGUUAAAGAUGGGGAAUCUCCAAACGUCAACACUGUUAAAAAAAGAUUUUUAAAAAAAUUCUGGAGAUUUAUCUUUGAUUUUCCAAUAAAGAUGUUGAAUACCAAAAAUACCCAACAAUUUUGUUAUUAUCUUUUUGCCUAAAUUAGUAGAAUUUAGGUUGUGAAAGUUUACUCCAGUGU